AUGGAGUUCUGUCCCCCGGUUGGACUACUCAUCCCUGGACGCGGGUUCUGGUUCGAAAAUCCUGCGUACCAGCCAACAAUCCCCCGGUUGGAUUGUCUUCCCCGGGGAGACUCUGCCAAAAUUUUGGUAGGAUGUCUUGGGUUUUUAGUAAGUGGGCCCGGCAUCGGUAUGAUGUCGGCAACAAUACGGGGUCCGCCCCGGUUUCGGGGGAAAUUCCGGGGCGGGUCCUGUCAGCUUGGUAUCAGAGCAUUAGGUUCAUUUUCCUUCGACUUUUGCGCUUUUGCUGCAUUGUUGAUCUAA